AUGACCAGCCUCGACCAUGGCGCCCUCCACGACUUUGACUUUGGCUCCGGCGCUCCGGCGCCCUCUGCUCCCUGGACCAUAAUCGCUCCAUGUGCUGGCGGCGGCGGCGCCGUCGCCGUCGUGGCCGGCUGGCUGCUGUGGCGCUGGUGCAAGCGGAGGCGGCUGCGCCGAAUCUGGAGCCAGCACGUGCUGCGCUCCGACGCUGUCAACUACGCCUGGUCGCCUUCGAACGCUCGCUUUCUCGAUGCGCAUGCACAGGACACGCCUCCCUCGGCGAGGGACACGACUCCGCGCUUCUCUCAGGCCGGCGAUGAUCGCUGA